AUGGGUGAUGAAGAUAAUGAGGUUGGAUUACCACAAAAAGGCCUCAAUAUGAUCAUAAAAGACAUUAUUCCGGAAAUGAGAGUAGCAAAUGAGGCUAGAGAUUUAUUGAAUCAAUGUUGUGUUGAAUUUAUAAAAAUUGUUGGACAAGAAGCACAGAAAAUGAGCCAGACCGAUCAAAGAAAAACAAUAUGUCACGAUCAUGUGAGAAAUGCAUUAAUUAAACUUGGAUUUUCAAGUGAUUAUGUAGAGGCAGCAGACAGUUGUUUAGGGGAAUGUAAAUUGGCAGCAGAAAAUAAAUUGAAACGUAAAAAUUCAAGACUUGAUAAAUGUGGUAUACCAGAGGAACAACUUUAUAUGAUGCAACAGCAGUUAAUUGAAGAGGCUCGACAACAGGAAGCACAACGUGCUCAGGAAGAAAAUGAUAGAAUUGCUGCAUUAGGAGGUGAGACAUAUCGUGAACAAUGCUUUAUGCAUACUGCCAACCAAAUAAUGGCUGCUGCAAAAUAUGGAUCUGAUGAUGAAGAUUAUGAUUAA